AGUUAUUGGAGGAUAUAUUUCAUCUUUUACUAUAAUUGUAGUUCUAAAUUCUUGUUAUUCCGCUUUUUAUAGGAUAAUUAUCUGUAUAUUUAACUUAAAAAAAGUACUCCUAUGUUGAUGCAAAUGGCACGGUCAUUAUUAUUUAAUUAUUACAUGGAUUUCUAACACUAUCAUUGUCAUUUCAGCAUCAUCGUGUUGCUUUAUCAGUUUGAAAUUAACCGAAAACCCCCGCUAAUUCAAUUAAUCGAAUCAACUAAACUUAAUUGAUUAGUGUCAUGUUGUAAUUGUACUAAAACUUUGACUCAACCGGAAAAAACAAUGUCAAAUUAAAUUGACGCAUUAAUUUUAUUGACCCAAAACAAAACAAGCCGACGACAGAGAUCGGAGACGGUAUUCUUAUUCCGUUGGGAAUUGACCGUAACAAUUGACAAAUUAAACCGGGUUUGACUCAGAUUGGGAUAAAAUUGAUAAAUUAAGAAUCUAUCGAAACGGUGAGAUAAUAUUGACACGUCAAAUUUGCCUAAUAUUUAAUGCCGCCGUACAAUAUGGUAGAUUAUGAUGACAAAUUGAGUAUUCGUGUGUCGAAUCGGCGAUUUGUCGGGUUGGAUUUGAGCCGAGUCGGUCGAAUUGGCUCAGCCAAGUUGAACCGGAGCGACCUAUUUGAAGGGGAAAAAAAUAUCCCUCAAACGGCUCGAGGGGUAGCUUAGUAAUUUAGAAUCCUCUCAGAAUCGAAAAUGUGUCUUCGGAGUUGGGACUAUAAAUCUGUUCUCCUCCCAUGGAAAGUAUUGUACGCUUGCUCGUUCAUUCCGCUUCGUCUUGUUCUCCAAGAGUCGCAGUCCCAAGUUAUCCUACUCCACCCCGCCGAGAAAGACGCCACCGGAGUUUGGCUGCUAGAAUCCACCCAAUCUGUGGUUCUUCGUUGAUCGAGUCACUCGGUUCCGGUUUCUAAGUUGAUUUUGGUUUCGGUUGCUUAUGGAGUAUUCGGCAGGCCCCUCGGAUCUAGCUUCCCCAGCAUCACAGCCGAGGAGCGGCGAUCUGGAGUCGCAGUCGUCUGACAAGGAUGCAAACACCUUAAGAGAGAUUGCACAUGUGCAUAAUUCUCAACGACCAAACCUUGCAUCCUUGCAAACACCAACGAGAAUAUUGGAAAGUCCGAUGACUUAUGCAGGGACACAUGCUUUGUCUAGUCCUGGUUCAGCAAGAGCAGAUCUACCAUCCAGGCCAAAUUCAAUGAGGACCAAAUCAUCUACUAGAACCACCUUCCCCCAUAGGGGUCUUAAGGCAAAAAAUUCAAUUUCAGAGGGUGACAGGACAGUUCUCGUGAUUCCUGGAACACCAUUAGGACAACAAGACAAUCCCUCAAUAUCAAGGGAAUUUUCUCUUGUCAGGGUCCUUUCCUCUGUUUCAACCAAGAGAACAUACUCUUUACCUGUUACACCAGUUCGCGAUCAAGGUCCAUCUACUGAACAGGAAAGACAUGCUGUGGACCUCUCUUUUCUGGAAGAAAAAGAUACGGAAAUGCAGAUCAGGCGAUCACUUUCAGUACCUGGGAAUGCUAAACCUAGUGGUCUAGGAAGAAUGGAUUCAAUUGGUUUAGAACGAGUUACUUCAGCAACCCCUUGUCCUGCCACAAGUGAUGUUACCAUUGGAACUGAUGGUAUAGAUUCAGUUACUGUAACUGAAGAUGAUGGUGAUGAUAUUCCAGAAGAAGAGGCUGUCUGCCGAAUUUGCUUCAUUGAACUUGCUGAAGGGGGAGAAACACUUAAAAUGGAGUGUAGCUGCAAAGGAGAACUUGCACUGGCACACCAAGAGUGUGCAGUAAGGUGGUUUAAUAUUAAAGGAAAUAAGACGUGUGAUGUGUGCAAGCAGGAAGUAAGAAACCUACCUGUAACAUUGCUGAGAUUACAGAAUAAUCAGACUCUCAAUAGACGUGCUGCAUAUACAACACAGCAACAAGUUGCUCAGUACAGGGUAUGGCAGGAUGUCCCUAUUCUCGUCAUGGUCAGCAUGCUUGCCUAUUUCUGCUUACUGGAGCAACUCUUAUUUGGUGAAUUGGGUUCCCGUGCUCUUGCUGUAUCUUUGCCAUAUUCAUGUGUUCUUGGUAUUCUUUCAUCCAUGAUAACUUCAACAAUGGUGAGCCAGAGCUACAUUUGGGUUUUUGCAUCAUUCCAGUUUGCACUUGUAAUCCUCUUUUCUCAUGUUUUCUAUAAUGUGCUAGGAGUAAGCCCUGUUCUUUCCAUUUUACUGUCCUCAUUUACUGGGUAUGGUAUUGCAAUCAGUAUGAACACUUUGCUCAUUGAGUAUCUAAGAUGGAGGGAUAGGAGAAAUUUAAGCUUGACACAACAUAACGAGAGUAUGCAGCAGAAUGAAGCCAGAAACCUUCCUGGAGUCGCAAAUGCAACAGAUGACACACGGCAGCAAGACUUAGAGAAUCAGAUUCCAGACCUUAAUCCUUUGCAAAUUGGACAAAAUCAUUCAUAAAGCCUUUGAGGUUUCAUCUACACACAAGAGCUCUGGUUUUGCAUGCCAUAUCACAUUGACAGACGUUUUUGUUGAUGCUUGCGAUAGGCUUGAGCAUGGAGAUUUAAACCAUGUAACCUGUGCAACCAACUUAUCCUUGUCGGAGGACAAAGACCCUUACAUUUCUCCUGUCAACUAAGCUCCAAUAGUUUUGGAAGAACAUGACUUGCACAAAGAUGCAUAAAAUAUGGAUGAGAGUUAUGUUUGAACUUCAGCGUCUCACAUAAUUCUUUUGGAACUAACAAAGUUAGUCACCUCUUGUGGGAUAUGUAGUUCUUUUUGUUUGUUUGUUUGUAUUCUUUUCGAGAUUUCCAAAUCUUAUGUUGUUCAAGUAUUGUUUCUCUAGAC